AUGAUCGAUGUUGAGUCAUUUGGUGAGAGUGCGGCAGCAGCCCCUACUAAGGAGAUACCACUAUCAGAUUCAACUACCAUGGGCGAGGCUCAAUCCCCCCGCAUCACCGUUUCAGGUGAUGACACCACCUACCCCAGUCCUUCAUGUUCUAUGCCACAAGUGGCGGAGUUGUUUAGUUCUCUGGCUGCCAGUGGAGCUGCCACUUCAUUUGUCCCACCGCCAUCGGUUCCCCCGCGUGCACCUACUCCCCUAGUGGCUACUGUCUUGCGCCCACCAGUUCUUGCACCCACGCCGACACAGGCCCCGACUGUUCAUGUGUCACCUCCCGCUCCAGCUUCACCCGAGUCACCAGUGGUGUCUGGUAGUUUUUCUGAGGAGGAGGCUACUUCAAGCCCAUGA